GCAUCGGGCCCCCAGGCGGGGCGACAGGCAUCGGGCCCCCAGGAGGGGCGACAGGCAUCGGGCCCCCAGGCGGGGCGACAGGCAUCGAGCCCCCAGGCGGAGCGGCGGGCGCCGGACCCCCAGGCGGAGCGACAGGUCUCAGGCCCCCAGGCGGAGCGGCGGGCACCGAGUCACCAGGCACGACAGUGGGCUCCGAGUCAACUGGCAAGACUGCGGGCACCGAGUCAACUGGCAAGACUGCGGGCACCGAGUCCUCUGGCAAGACUGCGGGCACCGAGUCCUCUGGCAAGACUGCGGGCACCGAGUCCUCUGGCGGAACAGCGGGCAUCGAGUCAACUAGCGGAACAGCGGGCACCGAGUCGUCUGGCAAGACUGCGGGCACCGAGUCGUCUGGCAAGACUGCGGGCACCGAGUCGUCUGGCAAGACUGCGGGCACCGAGUCAACUGGCGGAACAGCGGGCACCGAGUCGUCUGGCACGACUGCGGGCACCG